AUGCUUGAAAGAUAAAUAAUAAAUAAUAUUAUUGAAACUAAAAAAUAUAAUACUAAUAAAAUAGCUACAUCGAAAUAUACAUACCUAAAUUUUGUUCCUAAAAACAUUUAAGAACAAUUUAAGAAAUUAGCAAAUAUUUACUUUUUAAUAAUAGGUUUUCUACAAAUUAUAUAGGAAAUAUCUAUUUCUUAAGGACAGCCAGUUAUUUUUCUUCCUUUAUUUGUAAUAUUAUGUAUUUCUGCAUUAAAAGAUUUAUUAGAAGAUUUAAAAAGACAUAAAUCAGACGAUGAAGAAAACAAAAGACUUAUAUUAGUUUAUCGUAAAGAAGCGUGGAUAUAAAUACAUUGGUAGGAUUUAAUAGUAGGGGAGAUAAUAAAAGUAAUGAAAGAUGAAUAUAUACCAGCUGAUAUAAUAUGUCUUUUUUCAAGUGACUAAGCACGUACCUGUUAUAUAGAAACUAAAAACCUUGACGGAGAAACGAAUUUGAAAAGAAAGGUAGUUGAUAAAGAUUUAUAAAAUUAUGGUUCAAUUGAAAUUUUGUAAGCCAAAUUAUAAUUUAAUUUAGAAAAACCAAAUCCAUACCUAUAUAAUUUCUAAGGUGAAUAUUUUAAAGAUGAAUCUUUAAAAUAAGGGUCUUAAGUACCAUUAGAUAUAAAUAAUUUUAUUUUAAGAGGUUCAUCACUUCGAAAUACACAUUACAUUAUAGGAAUAACUGCUUACACAGGUAAUGAUACUAAAAUAAUGUUAAAUUCAAUAAAAGCAAGGCCUAAAAAAUCUAAAGUAGAAAGAAAGAUGAACUUUUUUAUUGCUUGUAUAUUUAUAUUAUAGAUAUUAAUAUGUUUGGGAAAUUCAAUUUAUUCAUUAAUUUGGUUUAUGAAAAAUAAAAAAUAUUUAAUUAAUUAUUUAGGGCUUUCUAGUACUGAUAAAUUAGAUAAUUCCAUGUUUCAUUUAUUUUUGAUUUAAUGGGGUACAUGGAUUCUUAUUUUCACGAAUUUCGUUCCUAUAAGUCUUAUUGUUACAUUAGAAAUGGUUAGAUUUUUUUAAGGAAUUAUAAUUUAAAAAGAUUAAUAAACAUUUUCCUUAGUAAAUGAUAUAUAAUGUUCUGUAUAAUCAAGUAGCCUUAAUGAAGAAUUAGGAUAAGUAGAAUACGUAUUUUCUGAUAAAACAGGAACUUUGACAAAUAAUGUAAUGAAUUUUAAAUGUCUUACAAUAAACGGAAUUUCAUAUGGAGAAAAAAAUAAUUUAUCUUAAAAAUAGCUUAAUUAAUUAAAAUAAGUAACUAAUGUAUAAUUCAAAGAUAAUUCUCUAUUUUAAGACCUUGAAAGUAAAGAUUCCCAAAGUCAACAUAUUAUUUAAAGUAUUUUAAUGUUAUCAGUCUGUCAUACAGUGAUUGUGGAAAAUACUUCUUCGGGUAGUUAAUUUAAUGCAUCAUCCCCUGAUGAAUUGGCUUUAAUUAAUUUUGCAAAAUUUUGCGGAUUCGAAUACAUUGGAGUUGAUGAAGAAAAUAUUAUUAAAGUUAAAUAAGGUGAACAAAUACAUAAAUUUAAACUUUUGCAUGUACUUGAAUUUAAUUCUUCAAGAAAAAGAAUGAGUUUAAUUGUGUAGAAUUAAUAGGGUUAAAUUGUUCUUUAUUGUAAAGGUGCAGAUAAUAUUAUUUUUUCAAGAUUAGAUUAAAAAAAUAAUAAUGAAUUAUCUAUAAGUUAAACAAAAUAAAAUAUUAAUAAGUAUUUUUUUCUUUUUGUUAAUUUUUUAUUAAUUUAUUUUUCUAGUUAUGCUAAAAUUGGUUUAAGAACUUUAGUUUUAGCUUAAAGAUUUAUUUCAUAGGAUUAUUAUGAGAAAUGGAAUGAAGAAUAUAAUAAAGCAUUAUGCCUAUUAACUAACAGGUAAGAAAAACUUGAAGAAAUUUAAAACUAAAUUGAAUAAAAUCUAAUGCUUCUAGGUGCAACUGCUAUAGAUGAUAUGCUUUAAGAUGAUGUCGCUAGCACAAUAUAAUCUAUGAAACAAGCUGGAAUAAAAGUAUGGGUAUUAACUGGUGAUAAAGUAGAAUCAGCUAUAAGCAUAGCGUUUUCAUGUUAAUUAUUAAAUACGGAAUUAAAAUAACUAACAAUAGACGGUUAAAACCAAGUUGAAGUAGAAAAAUAAUUAAAAGACUUCCAUAAAGAAGUAGAGUCUGAAAAAGAAUAAUUUUAAAAAUAAAAUUUAAAAAAUUUAAACAAACAAAAUAUAAAUAAAAUAACUUUGUAAAUAGCAGUAAUAAUUACAGGGGAUGCUUUAAUACAUUCCAUGGCUGAUAAAGAACUUUAAAAGUUAUUAAUUUAAAUUUGUUCUGUUUCUAAAGUUGUUCUAGCCUGUAGAGUCUCUCCUAAAUAAAAAUAAGAAAUUGUUACAUUAGUUAGAUCUCAUUAAAAAAAAGUUACCACUUUAGCGAUUGGAGAUGGGGCAAAUGAUGUAAAUAUGAUAAAUGCUGCUCAUGUUGGAAUAGGUAUUAAGGGAAAAGAAGGCUAAUAAGCAGCCAGGGCGAGUGACUUUAGUGUUGGAGAGUUCAAAAUUUUACUCCCUUUGCUUUUUAAUCAUGGAAGGGAAUGUUAUAGAAGAAAUACAGUGUUAAUUUGUUAUAACUUUUAUAAAAAUAUGAUAUUGGUCUUGCCUUAAUGGUGGUAUGGUUUUAUUACUGGAUUUUCUGGUAGUUCUUUAUAUGACCCUUGGAUUUAUUAAUUAUAUAAUUUGUGUUAUACUUCUUUACCUAUUGUUAUAUAUGCUGUUUUCGAUGAAGAGUUUUCAGCAUAUUAUUUAUAAUAUAAUCCUUCUUUAUACAUACAAGGAAUAAAAGGAACUUUAUUUAACUAAAAAAUAUUUUGGGAAUGGAUAUUAUUAGGUAUUUGGCAUGCAUUAAUAUGUUCGAUUGCUUCAUUCGGUAUAAUGGAAUAGUCAUUUUAAUUAGAAGGAAAAUAAUUUUUCUUUGCAAUUUCAGGUAUUGUAUCUUUCGGAGCAAGUGUACUUUUGGGAAAUUCUAAAGUUAUGCUUAUUAGCAAUACACACACUAUUGCAAGUAUUUUAUGUAUUUUUGGAAGUAUAUUAUUUUUCAUUAUGAAUCAUGCUUUUGCUAGUACAGUAUUUUCUAGUUAAGAUAUAUAUAAUACCUUUAAUAAUGCUUAUAAUACACCUUAUUUCUGGCUUUGUUAUAUUUUUAUUCUUGCUCUUACUAUUAGUAUUGAUGCUGGUUUUGAAAGAUGGAGCUAGUAUGAAUAAGGUAGAAUGAAUAUUAAUUUUAGUAAAAAAAAAUAUAACAAUAACCGCAGUUAGGCUUAAAUACUUUGAAAUUCAAAACAUCUGAAUAAUAAAUACUUGAUGAAUAUCAAAAUGAAGAAAUUGCUAGUGAUAACUAUGAUUUGAAAUAAAAAUAAGCUGCAUUAUAGAUUUCUGAUCCUAAUUAUUUUAAAACAUCUAAAUUUCCUAAUAAUAAUAUAGUCCCUACUAAUUGAAUAUAAAAUAAUUUAUGUACAAGUUGAUAUAAAUUGAUUUUUUCAUUUUAG